AUAACAAGUUGUGCUAGUACAGCCGUAUAAAUAAUUCCUGAAGUCUCAGUGUAACAUGGACAUUAACAGUGAUGACAUAUAAAUACAGAUGCUUGGAAAUUAAGUACUAGGCGAAACACUUCAAAAGAGAGUCGUUUAAGAGGUUCUAGUGUUCUCCAAGGCUGAAGCUGAGAGUCUGAAAGCCCGAAGCUUAAACUCAAUUGUAGAUCAUAAUUCCAUCUCCUUCAGGAUAUAUAAGGAAAAGAAAUGAUAUUUCCACAAUGAUAGAUCUUUGGUUGUACAGGUUUCCCAAUGAGUGGAUCAUGAUGACCGUAUGGUAGGGACUUGCCAUAGUAUGGCUGCUUCCCGAUCUACUCGUGUUACAAGAUCAACAGUGGGGUUAAACGGCUUGGAUGAAUCUUUUUGUGGUAGAACUUUAAGGAAUCGUAGCAUUGCUCACCCAGAAGAAAUCUCUUCUCAUUCUCAAGUACGAUCAAGAUCACCAAAGAAGAGACCAGAGCCUCUGCCAAUUCAGAAAAGCAAUAAUAACGGAAGAACUUGUGAUGUAAAACAGCAGAGUGCUCGAGAAUCAUGGGUAAGCCCUAGGAAAAGAAGACUUUCUUCUUCAGAAAAGGAUGACCUAGAAAGGCAGGCCCUAGAGAGUUGUGAGAGAAGGCAGACAGAGCCAGCACUGCCAGUCUUAAAGAACAUUAAACGCUGUCUUAGAGCUGAAGCCACAAACAGUUCAGAAGAAGAUUCGCCUGUAAAACCAGACAAGGAGCCAGUAGAAGACAGGAGGACAGUAGUGGACCAUGAUGCAGACUUUGAAGGGGCUAACCGAGCUUGUCGAUGUCUUAUAUUGGAUGAUUGUGAGAAAAGGGAAGUUAAAAAGGUGAAUGUCAGUGAGGAAGGGACACUUAAUGCUGCAGUAGUAGAAGAAAUCACAGGCUAUUUGACUGUCAAUGGUGUUGAUGACAGUGACUCAGCUGUUAUAAACUGUGAUGACUGUCAGCCUGACGGGAACACUAAACAAAAUAACCCUGGUUCCUGUGUGCUGCAGGAAGAAUCAGUAGCUGGAGAUGGGGAUUCGGAAAGCCAGACUUCAGUGUUCUGUGAUAGUAGGAAGGAGGACAGUUGUAUAGACCAUUUCGUGCCUUGCACAAAGUCAGAUGUGCAGGUCAAGUUGGAGGACCACAAACUAGUAACUGCCUGCCUGCCUGUGGAACGUCGGAAUCAGCUGACUGCUGAGUCAGUUUCAGGCCCUGUUUCUGAAAUUCAGUCAUCCUUAAGAGAUUCUGAGGAAGAAGUAGAUGUGGUGGGAGAUAGCAGUGCCUCCAAAGAGCAGUGUAAUGAGAACAGCAGUAACCCUCUGGACACGAGUUCUGAACGAAUGCCAGUCUCUGGAGAGCCAGAACUGUCCUCUAGGCUAGACUGUGUUUCAGCUCAGAUGACAUCUUUAUCAGAACCUCAAGAACAUCGAUACACCCUGAGAACUUCACCUCGAAGGGCAGCCCUGACCAGAGGUAGUCCCACUAAAAACACAUCUCCUUACAGAGAAAAUGGACAAUUUGAGGAGAAUAAUCUCAGUCCCAAUGAAACAGACACAACCGGUAGUGAUAAUGUAAGUGAGUCUCCCACAAAUCCUGUCGAAAUUUCUCAAGAUGAAAAGGUUCCGUGUUGUGACUCUGAAAACUAUGGAAGUGAAGGACUAAGUAAGCCACCCUCAGAGGCCAGAAUGAAUAUUGGACAUUUGCCAUCUGCCAAAGAGAGUGCCAGUCAGCACACUGCCGAAGAGGAAGAUGAUGACCCUGAUGUUUAUUACUUUGAAUCAGAUCAUGUGGCACUGAAACACAACAAAGAUUAUCAGAGACUGCUGCAGACCAUUGCUGUACUUGAGGCUCAGCGUUCUCAAGCAGUGCAAGACCUGGAAAGUUUAGGCAGACACCAGAGAGAAGCACUAAAAAAUCCUAUUGGAUUUGUGGAGAAACUACAGAAGAAGGCUGAUAUAGGGCUUCCAUACCCACAGAGAGUUGUUCAGUUGCCUGAAAUCAUGUGGGACCAGUAUACCAAUAGCCUUGGGAACUUUGAAAGAGAAUUUAAACAUCGAAAAAGACAUACUAGGAGAGUUAAGUUAGUUUUUGAUAAAGUAGGAUUGCCUGCUAGACCAAAAAGUCCUUUAGAUGCUAAGAAGGAGGGAGAAUCCCUUUCGUACUCCAUGUUGCCUUUGAGUGAUGGUCCAGAAGGCUCCCAUAAUCGUCCUCAGAUGAUAAGAGGUCGUCUGUGUGAUGACAGCAAACCUGAGACCUUCAACCAGCUGUGGACAGUUGAAGAGCAGAAAAAACUUGAACAGCUACUCCUUAAAUACCCUCCUGAAGAAGUAGAAUCUCGGCGGUGGCAGAAGAUUGCUGAUGAACUGGGCAACCGGACAGCCAAACAGGUUGCCAGUCGUGUACAGAAGUAUUUCAUAAAGCUAACUAAAGCUGGCAUACCAGUUCCAGGCAGAACACCUAACUUAUAUAUAUACUCCAGAAAGUCCUCAACAAGCAGGCGACAGCACCCCCUUAAUAAGCACCUCUUUAAACCUUCCACUUUCAUGACUUCCCAUGAGCCACCAGUAUACAUGGAUGAAGAUGAUGACCGGUCCUGUCUCCGUAGCCACAUGAGCACUGCUGCUGAGGAGGCCUCAGAUGAAGAAAGCAUUCCUAUCAUAUAUAGGAGUUUACCUGAAUAUAAAGAACUAUUACAGUUUAAAAAGUUAAAAAAGCAGAAACUUCAACAAUUGCAAGCAGAAAGUGGAUUUGUGCAACAUGUGGGCUUUAAGUGUGAUAACUGUGGUGUAGAGCCUAUCCAAGGUGUCCGCUGGCACUGCCAGGAUUGUCCUCCAGAAAUGUCUUUGGAUUUCUGUGACUCUUGUUCAGACUGCCCACAUGAAACAGCUAUUCACAAGGAGGAGCACCAGUUAGAACCUGUGUAUAAGUCAGAGACGUUCUUAGACAGAGACUACUGUGUGUCCCAGGGCACCGGUUAUAGUUAUCUUGACCCCAACUACUUCCCAGCCAACAGAUGACAUGGAAGAGCCUGUCAGCACUUGUCCUCGUCAACACACAGCAGUGGCAUCACUGUCAAUGGUGUGCACGGUCUGGACACUCACAGCAUGAGAGCUCCCGAGUGUUCUCAUCAAGUCCAGCUCUGCACUGUGGCUGUGGGUCAGCAGCUGAACAUUCCUGGGGAGCCGAGAGGUGCCCUGGUGAGACUCUCACCACCAACUGAAAGCCUUGGAGGUGGGGAUGUGAAAGGGGUGAGGUGGAAGUGAGAGCACGGAUUAAUGCCAGAGUCAAUUCCAAAGGUUUUAGAGACCUCGGUCAUAAAUAUGAUAAUGAAAGACAAAGUAUUUAUAUUAAAUCAGUUCAGUAGCUUUCAGUUUUGUGAAGAUAGUUUUCAGCGCAGAAACAGACUUAUAGACGAAGUUGUAACCAGUGAUGGUGUUUGCUUCUAGGAUGUGUCCUCUACAUCACAGAACGCACUGUCUGUGGUCACUGACAGCCCGUAGUAGACUGGAGCUGCUUAACGAUUUGAUACCUAACUUUUAAUCACGAUGAAAUGUCCUUACCAAGAGCAAAGCGAGAGAGAGCUGUGGCUUUGCUUCUGUGACCAGCUCAUGGGGUGUGAAUGUCAUGAGCUUGUCACGCAGAUAUAUUUUUAAUGUCAUGUUAUAUGAGAUGAUCAUGUGAUGUGUACAGACUACGUUGAAAAGUGCGAGUGGUAGUAACUGUAAAGUCUGACUCACACCAUUAAUCCCUUGAAAGUACACAGCCUUCUGCCUCUGUGUGGAGUUGUCAGUACAGCUCGUCAAAGAAAACUGCCUAAUAUAAAAAUCAUAUAUAUGGUGAUAAUUUUCCCCCUUUUGUAGUCUGCACAAGAUCCAUAAAAGAUUGUAUUUUUAUUACUAUUUAACGAGUGAUUAAAUGUAGUCUGCACUGUGAGCAAGAGUUCACAAUUCUUUUAUACUGCUGGAUUCUGUUGUGCAUCAUUUCAAACAUUUUGUAUGUUUCUUAUCUGUGUAUACAGUAUGUUCUUGAAUAAUGUUCAUUUGUCAGGAGAGCUGUGAGAAAUAAACUAUGUGGAUAUGUUUGUUUAUAUUAUAGAAAGCUUGUUGUGGAUUCCUUUGGGUCAAAUUUUGAUUUUUUUUUCAACAAGUGAUAAAGGUAGAAUUUAUUAUUUAAAAGUCUGUUUUUCAUCUGUAUUUGCUUCCUGUUCUUUAUAAAGGGUGAAGAUGUAUUGUGUUAGUGUUCUCAUGUAGCGUGCUGAAACACUGCACAGUAGGGGUGCUGACUAAUGUCCAGAUGUGGAACAUAAAUAUAAAUCAGAAGCUUAAUUCUAGUAGUUUUUUCUUAAUAAAAUUAAGUCCCCAUGUGUUGAAACAGGUGGUUUCCAAAAAUUAUUCAAAAAAGAAAAGAUAGUAUAUAUUCUAUAUAGACUAUAGGUGGAGUAUUAGUACUACUCUAGUUUUUAACAUUGUUUUUUCCUGUUUUUAAGUUCAGGGAAUGUUAUUUACUAACCCUUUUCAGUACUCAGCAAGGUAUUAAAAUCUACCCUGAUUUUUUUAAUUAAGAAAAACACAGAAUUUUAAAUACAGAAAAGAGAAAUUUAAAUAAUAUAUUGAUUAUGUAUCGCUGGUCAUAUUGAUGUAGUCCAUUGUACUCAGAAAAGUUGACAGGCUUUUAUCUCUGGGCUAUUAGUGAAGGAGAGGCAGUUGAAUGAUAUGUCUCUAUGCUAAAUGUUCAGUGCACAUGCUGAAGGGCUUCCUUCCGUCUGCAAUACAGGACAGUUGCACCUGUCUGUAUAGAAAUAGUACCAGAUAGUUGUUCAGAUCCAUCCAGAAAUCCCAUAGAUGUUGACACACAGUGUGAAAGGGGUAUGAGCGGGACGGUUGUAACAUCAGCAUGAGCAGGCAAACCUAUUGGAAUAUAUUUUAAGACUGGGGUAGUAAUGUGGGUUUUUCCUGUUAACAGAAAAUAUAUUUUAGAUAUUUCAGCUCUAAGCACAUCGUCCCCAUGGCUUGCUGAGUAAUUCCUUGUGUUUUGUUUGAGGGUUGCAGAAAUAGACAGGUUGUUCUUUGCAAGUAGACCCUCCAUCUGUCUUCUAAGGAAUACUGGUUGCUGGCAACUGGACUUGAGAAGCGGUGUCUUCAAGUCUCUUAGUGGGUCAGAUUUAUCUCAUGGUAUAUGAUGCUCAAGUUGUUGGCUAUAAUUGGAGGAACAUUGGAUAACACCGGAAGUGAUUGCUCUGAGGUUAGGGAGGGGAGUUUCCUUUAAUGUGAUGUACCAAUACCAAAUGCUGGUUUAGCACCUACUGUUCACAAAGCAAGCAUGUGGCAACUCACUGGAUUCUCCACCCAAUGGAGCACAUUCAUUUAUCACCUUGUUUUCAUGGGACAUCUGUCCAGAAAGAAAUUAAAUGACUCGCCCAUGGUCAGAUUGGUAGGGAAGUGAUAAGACUUUGUCUUUAACCAAGAUGGAUCCCUUUGUCACGCUUGGUUUCCCAAGCAAGAACACCUCCAUUCUCAGGUACUCUGUGCUUUCCAUGCCUUUUUUCUCAUGAAGUGCUAGAGUACAAACCUGAACCCAUGUCCAUGUUUGUAAUACAAGAGAGAGUGAGAGAGAGGGGCCCCUGUUGGCUGGGAAAGCACCAGCAUACCUCUCCAUCGUGACUCCUGGGAGCGAGCACACAUGCCUGUCCGUGGCCUCUCACCCAAUCCCAUGGUAUUCCUUGACUCUUCCCCCCUUUCAGUUACAGUCAAUCACAGAACACGGUUACUGAGGUGUUAGGAAUGAAUUUUAAAGGUUGACAGAAAAUGGCAUACCACUGUAAUAAAUAAUUUCCCUUUAAACAGCUGUGUGAGAUAACCCUGUAUAAGCUUUCUUACUCUAGAUAGCCAGGUUUAAAACCUACUAGUCUGGGUGCACUGGAGGAAACCAGUGGUUUCCAGUGCGUUACCCACCCUCUUUAAACCUCUAGAGUUAAGUUUUCAUGGGAAAGGUUACUGCUAUUCAUUCGAUCUCAGAGAAAAACAAAGCCCGCUUCUAGGGUUUAUAUCUCUGUUAAAUGGAUUGAUUUCUGAGAAUUGUGUCAUGCUUCAUGAGAACAGUUCAUAUCUGUGUCUCUAUUCUCUGACUUUUUAACAGAUUAUCUAUAUAAGUCUUUGUUGAUUAUGUGACCCAGUGUUUUGGUAAGUUACACUCUUUCUUCUUUAUAGGGUACUGAGGUCCAGUACACUAAAUGCUAGUGAGUCUUUAAAGCCUGUCACAGGUGGUCCCUUGAAUGUCCUGGAGGACAGACAGCCUUCGCAUCCGGGUUUACAUGUAGGAUGUGAUUAGCCAAUCAGAUUAUGUAUUGUGGGUGUGACUCAGUCAUGUUUACUGUGACAUUAUGGGUCUUAUUCCCAGUUGGGGAAGUUAAGUACCCUCGGUUGAGUUCUAGGAACUGGUUACUGACUUGCAGCCUUUCUAAUUGUCUCUUUAGGAAAUGUGAAGGCACUGAGAAUUAAAACAGAAGUGACAGCCAUGUGAGGGCUCCUGCAAGACAAAAGCCAGGCUUUGUGGAGUUUGUAGACAAACUUAAGAAAAUGAUAUUUGAAGAGAAGUAGUCCUGGGGUAUAAGGAGCUCUGUGGCUUUAGUUAGAAUGGCUGAGCAACCCUCUGUUCUGGGAAGUAGGGUGGGGACCAGCUUUCAGGAGGGGGCAAGAGCUCUGAUGCCGUCAGUAAGGACCUGGAGCCAGGAAAGAGCUGGGUUUCCCUGGGCAGCUUUGAAGACAGGCAGUAUGGCUUUAUGCAAAUGAGUGGGGUGUGUGUUGGGGGGGUGUCCUGUUGAUGAUGUCAGGGAGGGCACAGCACCAGUUUAGGUACAGCCUUGAACAUGGGUCAUAGCCGGGAAGUUUACACUUGUGUUCUGAGUUCUGAGGUUGUCUACACACACAACCUUUUGCUAGACAGAAACUGCUACAGUCCAUUCAUCUUUUAAAAUCCUGUGACUUUAUGUCACUUGGAGCCAUUCACACGGGCAGUGUGUGUCUUAGCUGUUCUGUGGAAAACUGAUUUGGUCCCAGGUACUGACUUCUGUUGAAGUUUUCCAGGCUGCUUGCCCGCCGCUGUCUGCUGCCUCAUUGUCCCGUCCAGAGCUGUGGGUUCAGGGUUUGCCAGUGUGUGCUAUGUGCUAGGCCGUCAUUCUCCAGCACCGCUUUCCAUUCUUGCUCUAAUAUCCAUGCUCCCUGUCGUGGGUGACACUUGGGGUUGGCAUUGCACAGCCGCUGAGCUUGGGAGCAUGGUGCGCCCUUUCUGGUAAUAGAGGCCUAAUUGUAACCAAAGAACUUAAUUUCUUGUCUAGCACACACUAACAUUUCUGUUUAGGAACCAGUGCUAGGGGAAAAGAAAUAUGAAAAUGACCAUAUAUCAUGAAUACAUUAACAAUUUCUCUGUAAUAGCUCAAAUCUGGUCUAUGGCCAAAGUUUCAGUCAUAUAAGUGGAUCCUAAUUUUAACCUAUUUACUAUGUUUGCUUCUGUUUGGAAUGAAAGCUCUCAAAUGCUUUCCAAAAUGAUGUGAGUUACAAAUAAAUAGAGAAAGAAUCA